UCGCGCCUUGUGUUGUGUGAGGAGCGGAUCUUUACUUUCUCCGUCCAGAGUGCUCCAGAGACACUAAUACCCCGCCAGUAAGAGGUUUACCUGCCCUGAAGCUGAGGUCUGUGUCGGAGGAUUGUACGAAUAAACUCCACUGAUUUUAUUUCCACACGAAAAACGGAGCGACAUUUCAUCCUGGAGAUCUCCAGUGUUUUGAUGUCACAUUCCUGAAGUUUUUUGAAGAACCCAGAAAGCUGACCUGACGGCAGACAACAAGGCUUGCCGGAGAUCAUAAACUUCAUCCCUUCAUGCCUUCUGUCUGAGGAGGGAUAAAGAGUGUAUGUGUUUUGAAGAGGAUCUGGUGUUUGCUUGGAUAUGGCUUUUCUGUGUAUGAGAGAAAGACACAGAGAACUGAUCUGAGGUCAAGGCCUUCCUCCUCCUCUCCCCCGGAGUCACAUGACAGCGUGAGGCACAAUCCCCGGGGUUGCUAUCGCUACACUGACCGACCUAAAUACUUGUAUACUCAGUCAGAGAAGCAACACAGACUGGAUCUCUCAGUUGGGAGCAGAGGGAGCUAGAAGAGCUUCUUGCUUUACGAGCUGUUCGUUUACAUUCAGCUUCAUUUCUCCUGCUGGUGUUAAUCACCCUGAGAAACUGACUGCAACGCAGUGAGUGUACCCAAGGACACUUCUCCUCUCACAUAAAGAAUUUUCUCUGAAUCAUCUCACGUCAACCUGCCAGAAGCAAAAUGCCGGCAAAGACACCAAUGUACUUAAAAACUACAACUCCAAAGAAGGGAAAGAGGCUGAGGCUUCGUGACGUCCUUUCAGGUGAUAUGAUCAGCCCCCCUCUGGGCGACGUACGUCACAGCGCCCACGUGGGGCCCGAGGGGGAGGGUGACAUGUUUGGAGACGUUGGUUUCCUGCAGGGUAAGAUGGACAUGUUGCCGAGUCUGAGUCGGAUGCAGGACGGGCGGUCUCACAGCGUGGAGAGACGGCUGGGCGACAGCUUUGCUGCAAGACAGGACUCACACAACUAUGCCUUCAAUGGUUACCACUAUCAGCACACCGCUGAUGGCCUGCUGAAGACCACCAUCUCCAUGCCUGUGUUCAUCGCCCACGAACAGGCUCCACCCAAACCCCCACGCCUCCACCUGGACGACCCCUCCCCAUCUUCUUUGCCUUCCCAGCAAAACCACUUCCACCUCCAUCGGCAGCCCACGGACACAAGCCACAAACAGGCCAAUGGUCACACAGACAGCCACAGCCAGCUCUUUGAGAAUGGUGUAGUGGGCCGUUUGGCAUCAGAGCCCUGCCGUGACAUCUCCCUCUCCCCCGCCAUCCGCAGGCUCGUCCCCUCCUCUGGCUCCUUCUCAGAGGUCUCCUCUGAGGACUCCAUGUCAGAAACCUGUGGGCCCCUGGACGUUCGCCGGGGCCUCAGCUUGGACUCUGAUGCUGGCCUAAGCAACGAGGAUCUGAGGAGUGAACGCAGUGAUUCGCCUUGCACUGCCUUCCACCCAGCCAGUCUCACAGUCUCAUCUGGGGUGUCGCGAUCAGACUCUAUGGCAGGGUUAGACCUAGAUCUGGGCCCAUCUAUCAUGGAGGACGUCCUGAGUAUCAUGGACCGCUACAAGAGUGAGGACAACCGUUGUGAGCUAUGAAGAAAGAUAGUUGCGAUGUACCAAUAUUGUUUUUUAUACAUUGUUUAAUAAAUCCUUAAAGACUUUGUAAAUAUUUGAAAGGAGCACAAAGGAUGGAGGAGUGGAGGACGAAGACUCGACAGCUGAGUUCAAAAUUCACUGAAAGAUUUAAAAAAGCUGAGAAGCAGUUGGACAAUGGGAUGCUGCUCCCUGACAUGACAACAGCCAAGGCAACAGGCUGGUCCUGAGGAGCCUUUAUCUAAGCUGAACCUCAUUAACACAUCACCGUGUUAUCACAAACACAUUCCCCUUUUCGUUGGACAAAAUAACAGCUACAACCCACAUUGUAUUGUCUCUUAAUCUGACUUAUGAGGAGAAUUUCACUGCUUGUCAGUGGUUAAGAAUUGCCAGCUGAGUCAGACAUAAAUGUGUCAAGAUGGACUCUGGAAGAAAUCAGCAGCUGUGAACAAAAUUCAGGAGCAGCAGGACACACUUAUCCACUGUGGAAACCACAGCUGCAUGAUAAAUAAUGUCUUACAACUUCAGAGGUUCAAAUUACACAUGCUCGGUCAGGCUGAACUGAACUGCAAAAACACGUAGUUUUAUCCUGAAGGGCAUAUUCUUUCCUAAUUCAUCUUGGCUGCCAGAACAUUUUCAGAAGACUCAAUAUUAAUAUAUUCACCAGUUUACUGUAUUGAUUCAAUGCCAGAUGAAAUGUGAAUAAUUCUGAUUUUACUGUACUUCUGUAAAAGAUGAAGAUUUAAGUUAAAGGUCCAGUGUGUAGGAUUUAAGGGGAAAUGGAAUAAUAUAAUAAGUAUGGUUUCUUUAGAGUAUAAUCACCUGGUAAUAAGAAUAGUUGUGUUUAAUUUUUUUGGGAUGAGCCAUUUAUAUCUACAUCUCUGCGAAUAAUUUGACUCCUGAUAAAAACCUCCUGAAGAGGGAACACUGACGGAAUCCAGCUGGGAGUCCUCGAUUGGCACAUGGAAAGUUGCAGCUGGUUGCAAUUCACAAUCCUCACUAUUAGAUGCCACCAAAUCCUACACACUGCUCCUUUAAAAUGGUCUCUAGACAUUUCAGUGUCUUUCUUUUGAUCAGAGGGAAACUGAAGAAGCUAAUUCUGUAGGUAAUACAAAGCUGUAAGUGUAAGAGAUGUGCUGCUUGCUAGAUCAUUUUUCAAAUAUUGGUCUUUUCAAAAACACUCUUCUUCCAUUUUGUGGCUUACUGUUGGCCUCUUGAACAUUCACUGUCUGCAUUAUCAUGGUAGCCUAUUAUUCAAAUGUCAUUUAUGCUGUAUAUAUAUAUCAUUGUAA